UGCCAAGUCCGGAGAAAGGCCGGCGUGGGUUAGAUUUGGCUGCAGCGCUCUCUGGGGUCACUAGCACCGUGAAGGCUGUGGGGCUGAGAGGAGUUGUCAUGGUUUCCUCUCCGAGCUCCUCUCUUCACGCUGAGGCGGCUGCCAGGCUUGGCGCAAGAGCGUCUCUAAGUAGCGGCAGGGGGAGUGAGGGGGUUGCGGCGCAGAGGACUGGCGUCUGGCCGCUGGAUGGCUGAACAGGAUUAAGUUUCUUGGUAGUGAGUGUAUGUGUGCGUGUGUGUGUGUUUAUCUAUCCUGUAGCUCUUCUCUGGGCCGUUACUUCAGAAGAGAGCGGUUGGCCAGGCGAGAAAACCAGAGCCACAAACGACCCUCUCCCCACUUCCCUAUUCCCCCGCCUCCUCUCCUCUCUUAGUCCCCGCCCGAAGCAAAUCCCAUCUAGCUGGGGAGGGCUGCAGGAACGAGCUGGGAUUGUAAUAACAGACACCACUAGUCAUUUGAAAGAGAAACUAAACUUAUUAAAAAACAUGUUGGAAACUAUAGAUACCAGCCGAGCCUUACAAGCAGCAGAGCGAUUACAGGCGAAACUGCGGGAACGUGGUGAUAUAGCGAAUGAGGACAAACUGAGUCUUCUAAAGUCAGUCCUGCAGAGCCCUCUCUUUAGUCAGAUUCUCAACCUUCAGACAUCAGUUCAGCAGCUGAAAGAUCAGGUAAAUGUUACACCAUCCAAAUCUUCAAGUGGUGAGUUCUCACAACUUCCACAUUUUGCAUCUAGUGGGCAUCCUACUUCAUAUAAUGAGCCUUAUUUAUUGGGUCAAAAUAAUGGUGAUUUUGAAUCACAUAUGGGAACCAGCAUUCCUCAAAUCAAUGGGAAACCUUCAGGUGAUGAAUUUGAUCAGCUUAUCAAAAAUAUGGCACAGGGUCGACCUAUAGAGAUUUUUGAACUUGUUAAGCCUGCAAGUGGUGGCCUAGGGUUCAGUGUUGUAGGGCUGAAGAGUGAAAACAGAGGUGAACUGGGGAUAUUUGUGCAAGAGAUCCAAGAGGGAAGUGUGGCACAAAGAGAUGGGAGAUUGAAAGAAACUGAUCAAAUACUAGCAAUCAAUGGAUAUGCACUUGAUCAGACAAUAACACACCAACAGGCUAUCAGCAUCCUUCAGAAGGCCAAAGAUAAUGUCCAGCUCAUUAUUGCCAGAGGCUCAAUUCCUCCACUCAUGAGCCCCAUAGUUUCUCGUUCUCCAUCAGCUGCUAGUACAGUUUCAGCUCACUCCAAUCCUGUGGUGCAGUGGCAACAUGUGGAGACCAUUGAAUUGCUUAAUGAUGGAUCAGGUCUAGGAUUUGGUAUAGUAGGAGGAAAAUCAACCGGAGUAAUAGUAAAAACCAUUUUACCUGGAGGAGUGGCUGAUCAGCAUGGGCGAUUAUGUAGUGGAGACCAUAUCCUGAAAAUUGGGGAGACAGACCUGGCUGGUAUGAGCAGUGAGCAAGUAGCACAAGUGCUCAGGCAGUGUGGGAAUCGAGUCAAAUUGGUGAUUGCAAGAGGUGUCAUAGAAGAACCCAUGAUAACGACUUCUUCAGGCAUCACAUUAUCCUCGUCAAUGUCUUCCAUGUCGGAAAAGCUGGUGGAAAUGUCUAUGCAGAAAAGUGGAGACAUUGAAACAUUUGAUGUAGAGCUUACCAAAAAUGUCCAAGGAUUAGGAAUAACCAUUGCUGGUUACAUUGGAGAUAAGAAAUCAGAAUCUUCAGGUAUAUUUGUAAAGAGCAUUACAAAAAGCAGUGCUGUUGAACAUGAUGGAAGAAUCCGUGUUGGUGACCAAAUCAUAGCAGUGGAUGGUACAGAUUUGCAGGGCUUUACAAACCAACAAGCUGUAGAGCUUUUACGAAAUACGGGACAAACUGUGCGGCUGGCACUGAUGAGAAAAACAACUAAACCAGAAACCCAGGCCAGAUCUGAUGAGGACUUGAAUGCUUCUGUUACAAACGACAUUACUUUGUCUGCUCCAGAUAUUAAUAUAAGCAAAGAAAACUGUGACAAGAAUGAUAUUUCCCCAACAGUGGAGACAAAUACCAGCAUGUUGCAAAUUGGAGAAGCUGAAAAGCAUCCAGAAUCAGACUUGCAGCUGCCAGAAGAAGUAGAAGUUGAUGAAGGACAGCUUGAAGAAGCAAAAUUGCAGAGGAAAUGGCAAAGGAUUAUGGGCCUUAAUUAUGAAAUAGUGGUUGCCCACAUGAACAAGUUCAGUGAAAGCAGUGGAUUGGGAAUAAGCUUGGAAGCAACUGUAGGACAUCACUUCAUUAGAUCUGUUCUACCUGAAGGGCCUGUUGGACACAGUGGGAAACUCUUCAGUGGAGAUGAGUUACUGGAAGUGAAUGGAAUAACUUUACUUGGUGAAAAUCACAAGGAUGUGGUGAAUAUUUUAAAAGAGCUUCCUAUACAAGUGACAAUGGUUUGCUGUCGUCAACUUGCUUUACCUGUUAACCAAGAUGAGUUGGACAGGUUGAAUCUUUCUGAUAUUCAUUUAACAGAAAAGCCUCAUGUAGAUCUCGGUGAAUUCAUUGGCUCAUCAGAGACAGAGGAUACUGCUUUCGACAUGAAUGAUGUGGGUCAGAAUACGGAAGAGAUGCAAGGAUCAUCAUUGGCAAUGUGGGAAACCAACAUUCAGCAUAUUGAGCUGGAAAAGGGGAGCGUAGGACUUGGUUUUAGCAUAUUAGACUAUCAGGAUCCAGUUGACCCUGCUCGUACAGUCAUUGUAAUACGCUCAUUAGUACCUGGUGGUGUUGCUGAAGAAGAUGGAAGACUUCUUCCAGGGGACCGGCUUAUGUUUGUCAAUGAUGUUAACUUGGAAAAUGGAAGUCUUGAAGAAGCAGUACAAGCUCUGAAAGGAGCACCCUCAGGAAUCGUGAGAAUUGGAGUUACUAAACCCCUACCUCUUUCACCAGAAGAAGGUUAUGUUUCUGCUAAGGAAGAUCCCUUUUUCUACACAGCAUACUCAUUUGAGGAGGAAGGGCCAACUGAUAUAGCCCUCUUCCAUGCUGAGGUAGUUCUGGUGGACGCAAAUGAGGCAGACUUAGCAGAUGAAUCUACCUUCCAGUCUCAGUAUUCUCCUGAGGACGAGGAUGCCUUCCAAACCUCAAUGUUAGCUUUCCAUGGCAGUGCCUGCAGCAGUGGUCUGAAUUAUAGCCUUUCUAUUCCAUCAUCUCCUCCUAAGGAUACUGGUGAAAAUUCUUCAGAUCUGCUUCUUGAUUUUCAAAUGUCCAAUGAGAAUCUAUAUAGUAAGGAUCUGAUUCAAAGACAAGAUGAAAAGAUAUCUUCAGUGGACCUGAGGAUGGAACCUUGCUCUAACUUUACCCAUACAGAUCUCCUACCUACACCAACUAUUGAUAACCUAACCGAAUGUGAAAAUUCACAGAUUUGGACUGAAUCUCAGUUACCAAAUGAAGUAUUAUCCAGUGCAAAAGUUGCUUCAUUUAUACACCCUGAUUCUACUGGACAAAAACCAGAUUCCAUAAUGGCAAAGGAUUCUCUGGAUUCCUCUGAUGAAUGUGCUACAUUCCAUAAUUUAUCCAACGAGUCAUUUGAAAAGACUAUUAUUAUAGCAAAAGGCAAUUUAAGCCUAGGGAUGACAGUAAGUUCUAACAAAGAUGGUUCAGGAACCAUAGUUCGAAGUAUCAUCCAUGGUGGAGCUAUCAGUCGUGAUGGUCGAAUUGGUGUAGGGGAUUGUAUUUUAUCCAUUAAUGAAGAAUCUACCACCAAUCUAACUAGUGCCCAGGCAAGAGCCAUGUUAAGGAGACAUUCUCUCAUUGGAUCUGACAUAAAGGUUACCUAUGUGCCUGCAGAACUUUUGGAAGAGUACAGAGCAAAUUUAGGACAUCAGUCUGAAGAAACAAUGUCUCUUGAUGUGUUUUCAUCUUAUAAUGCUAGAGAAAUCCCAGAACUCCCAGAACGUGAGGAAGGAGAAGGAGAAGAAAGUGAGCUUCAGAAUGCAGCCUACAGUAGUAACUGGAGUCAGCCGAGGAAGGUUGAGCUGUGGAGAGAACCGAACAAAUCCCUAGGCAUCAGCAUUGUUGGUGGACGUGGGAUGGGAAGUCGGCUAAGCAAUGGUGAAGUUAUGAGAGGUAUCUUCAUCAAACAUGUUCUGGAAGAUAGUCCAGCUGGCAAAAAUGGAACCUUGAAAACUGGAGAUAGAAUAGUAGAGGUGGAUGGAGUGGACCUCAGAGAUGCAAGCCAUGAACAAGCUGUGGAAGCCAUACGGAAAGCAGGCAACCCUGUACUCUUUAUGGUACAGAGCAUUAUAAACAGAAUGAGGAAACCCCUUUUGCCUUCCCUGCCGUACCAUCUUCACACUAAAUACAGUUUCAGCAGCACUAACCCCUUUGCUGAUUCUCUACAGCUCAACACUGACAAGGCAUCUAGUCAGCUGGAUUCAGAGCCUGAAAAGACUUCACUCCCCAGCUUGUCUCUACCCCCUCCUUCAACAUUUUCUGGAAUGAGCAGUGAUACUGAAGAGUCAUGUUCCAGCAAAGUCUCAGAAGAUGGUGACAAAGAGGAUGAGUUUGGCUACAGCUGGAAAAAUAUCUUUCAACGCUAUGGAACCUUAGCAGGUGAACUCUUCAUGAUUGAACUAGAAAAAGGCCGAACUGGUUUGGGCCUGAGUCUUGCUGGAAACAAAGAUCGAUCGAGAAUGAGUGUUUUUAUAGUUGGAAUUGACCCAAAUGGUGCAGCUGGGAAAGAUGGUCGACUACAGAUUGGAGAUGAACUUCUAGAAAUAAAUGGGCAAAUUUUAUAUGGAAGAAGUCAUCAGAAUGCUUCAUCAAUAAUUAAAUGUGCCCCAUCAAAAGUAAAAAUCAUUUUUAUCAGAAAUAAAGAUGCAAUAAAUCAAAUGGCUGUUUGUCCUGGCAAAGGAUUGGAAGGUUUACCUUCUACAGUAGAGGCUCUUCAGAAUCAGGAGGUUGAAUUGAAUGUUACCAGUUCUAUUAUAACAACAGAUUUCAAUUCUUUUAAAAAUGUUCACCAUCUGGAACUUCCCAAGGAACUUACACAAGUAAGAUCAAGGGGGUUGGGGAUUGCCAUCAGUGAAGAAGAUACCCUUAAUGGAGUUGUCAUAAAGAGUCUGACUGAUCAUGGAGUGGCAGCCAAGGAUGGACGUAUCAAAGUUGGAGAUCAGAUCUUAGCAGUAGAUGAUGAAGUUGUUGUGGGCUAUCCUGUGGAAAAGUUUAUAAAUCUUUUGAAGACUGCAAAGAACACAGUAAAACUUACUAUUAAUGCAGAGGAUUCAGAAGUCCAGUCGGUCCAGUCUACUCUCAGUGCAUCCAUUGGAGAAAAAAAGAAUAUCUCACAAGCUCCAGUGAUGCCCCCUUCUGGAUCUCCAGAACCUGAAACUAUCAGAAGUACAAGCAGGUCUUCCACCCCAGCUACUUUCCCUUCCGACCCAGCAACCUGUCCAAUUAUUCCUGGCUGUGAAACAACAAUUGACAUUUCCAAAGGACGCACUGGGCUUGGACUGAGCAUUGUUGGAGGAGCAGACACACUGCUGGGCGCUAUUAUUAUCCAUGAAGUUUAUGAAGAAGGAGCUGCCUGUAAAGAUGGAAGACUUUGGGCGGGGGAUCAGAUUUUAGAGGUGAAUGGGAUUGACCUCAGGAAUGCUACACAUGAUGAAGCCAUCAAUGUACUGAGGCAGACACCUCAGAAAGUACGUCUGACUGUCUACAGGGAUGAGGCCCAAUAUAAGGAAGAGGACAUGUAUGAUAUGUUCAAUGUAGAACUGCAAAAGAAACCAGGAAAAGGGCUUGGAUUGAGUAUUGUUGGUAAAAGAAAUGACACUGGAGUAUUUGUGUCAGACAUUGUGAAAGGAGGAAUUGCAGAUAUGGAUGGAAGAUUGAUGCAGGGAGAUCAGAUAUUGAUGGUGAAUGGAGAAGAUGUUCGAAAUGCCACUCAAGAAGCUGUUGCAGCAUUACUGAAGUGUUCUCUAGGCACAGUAAGAUUGGAAGUUGGAAGAAUCAAGGCAGGUCCAUUCCAUUCAGAGAGGAGGACAUCUCAAAGUAGCCAGAUGAGUGAAGGAAGCCUGUCAUCCUUCACUUUCCCUCUUUCUGGAUCCAGUGCAACAGAGGCAUUUGACAGUGUUUCAAAGAAGAAUGCCUUGGCUUUGGAAAUACAAGGAUUAAGAACAGUUGAAAUAAAAAAGGGUCCUGCUGACUCACUGGGAAUCAGCAUUGCUGGUGGUGUAGGCAGUCCACUUGGUGAUGUUCCAAUAUUCAUUGCCAUGAUGCAUCCAAAUGGAGUUGCUGCACAGACCCAGAAACUCAGAGUUGGGGAUAGGAUUGUGAGUAUUUGUGGCACUUCAACUGAGGGUAUGACUCAUUCCCAAGCAGUGAGCUUACUGAAAAAUGCUUCUGGCUCCAUUGAAGUACAGGUAGUUGCUGGAGGAGAUGUUAGUGUUGUCACUAGUCCACCACAGGAGCCAGCUGGUUCUAGUCUUUCCUUUACAGGCCUGACAUCAAACAGUAUUUUUCAGGAUGAUUUAGGCCCUCCUCAAUAUAAGAGUAUUACUCUUGACCGAGGACCAGAUGGUCUAGGUUUCAGUAUAGUGGGAGGAUAUGGCAGCCCUCAUGGAGACCUACCUAUUUAUGUUAAAACAGUAUUUGCAAAGGGAGCUGCAGCUGAAGAUGGACGCCUGAAAAGGGGUGAUCAGAUAAUUGCUGUCAAUGGACAGAGCCUAGAAGGGGUGACCCAUGAGGAAGCAGUUGCCAUCCUGAAGAGGACGAAAGGCACUGUCACUCUGACCAUUCUCUCAUGAUCUGAACUUCAAUAGCAUGCUUGGGUCAUCAGAUCAUCUUAUUGAAUAUUUCUUAAUAGUAAAGAGAAUGGAAUUUUUCUUGUCACUUUUUUUUCACCUCAUCUUUACUUGCUUCUUUAGCUGUAUCAGAGGACAGUGACAUUUUUUUCCCAUUUUGAAUAUAUUUGUCAUUCGGUCAAUUCCUUUGAUGUCUUUGUGGAUCUAGUUCUGAAUAUCACAGGCCAUCAUUGCUUGUUAUGCCUCUCUUUUCACCACCCAGUUAUACAUCACAACUUUGCAAAAAUAUAUGAUAUUUUGUAAAGGAUAAAACAGAAAUAUGUGAAAAAAUAGUUACUAGAGACAAUAUGGAUGAUUUUGGGGGUAAAUAUUGGUAGAAUUCAGGGUGAAAAAGAAAAUGUAGAUUUUUUUUUUUAAAAUUGGGUAUGAUAUGGCCAACAUUUCCUCCCCUACUACAAACACAUGAAAAACUGUGCUCUGGUGUGAAAAGCUGCAAUGAAUUUUUUUCAGUAAUGCCCUCACCUUGAGGAUUGCACAAUUUCAAUGAGGAUUUCUCUUUGGCCUUUAUCCAUUUCUGUUGAAUCAGGCUUUCUAAACUUAGGUUGGAAGCAGUCAGUCUGUAAAAUAGCAUCUCUGAAUGUUUUUGAAGAAAAAAUAUUUUAAAACUCUUAGAAAUUUUCCUUUUCAUUAAUGACCUAUUCUAGGAUAUAUUGCUAUUGUUGUAGGCAUUUACUUCCACUACUGUGCAGUGUAUAUUUUUCUGCAGGAAGCAGCCAGGCUAAAAAUGGAGUGGCAUACAGAAAACCUGAAAUAUUUCAAGUGCUAGUUUUAACUACCAAGGCAACACUAAAAAUGUGUUAAUGAUCCGGGUGAUUGGCUUAACAAUUAGUAUUAAUUUUAAUGUCUGAAAACAACAGUGUGUUAGUAAUUAUUGUGGUGAUAAGCCAUUAGUAAAUUCAUAGAAAAAUUAAGGAGAUUAACAUAACUUCAUUUCAUUACUUCCUAUUAACAAUCUUAUAGUACAAUAGCCUCAGACCAAGGAAAACAGAUGGGACUGUUUAUUGAGACAACUGGUAAGGCAUUAUCAUGUGUUCCUUCCCAUUUUAGAGCGUGAAACUCCUACAUUAGAAUAUGUAAAGUCACUUUAAAUAUUAUCUAUAUUUGUAACAGAAGUAGUGUACAGAUAUUUUAUUACUGCAUUCUUGUGCAAAUGCAGAAUUGAAGUGAAUAAAUAUGAGGCUGUCUCGCUGGUGUACAAAUAAAGAAACAGAUGUAUGUUUUGUUUUAAUGGGAA